AUGGCGCCGGGGGUGGCGUUCGCGAUCGGCCUGAUCCUCGUCGUCGGCCAGCUUCAAGAACGGCCGGGCACCCUCGCCAAGAUUUUCACCUUCCCCGAGUAUCCGUACAAGGAGACUACAAAGAAUGAACUUCUCUUCAGGCAAUUCGAGCAGGCUUGCGAGGAGAGCGGAGCUUGCAAGAUGCUUCCGCCGCACAGCAGCGGCAUCGCCAAGACUAGAUGCAUCCGCGAGUGCGUGUCACCGUCCUGUUACAAAGAGAUCUACUUGUUCGAUCAGCUAGAGGAAGGGGAGAUCGACGUGAGAUUAAACUCCUUCAAGGGAUGCUUCAUGCAGCGCAACGGGCGACCGCGAAAGUAACAAAAACCGGGCGGCGCGGGAAGAAGCUGAAGCGCGAGGGAGGCGAAGAGCAGGAGAAGAGGAGCAAAGCAGCAGCUGCCAUAAGAUUGCGAGAGAAGAAGAGGAGAAGGCGGGCAAGGGCAUGAAUUCGAAGCGACAUAAGACGCACCGCGCGAACCGCGUCCGACCAGUUCGAAAAAAGAAAAAAAAUGACAAUUCCCAAGGUGCACCGUCCGGCCGGGGCAUUUAGAGCGAGGCGAGC